CCUGGUGACAACUCCUUAUAACUUGAUUGAGGUGAUUGCAUUUUCACCUCCGUCUCACCACCAGACAUCUAGCAUCGUCUUGUCUCCGAGAGCCCUAAAAAGUUGAGUACCUCUUGGGGAAGUCUGCCGCUGCAAGUGGCAAAAUGGGGGACGACAGUGAGUGGAUGAAGCUUCCCAUCGACCAGAAAUGUGAACAUAAGGUAUGGAAAACCCGUCUGAAUGGUUAUGAAGAAGCCCUGCAGUUGUUCAACAGGAUAGAUGAUGAGAAGAGUCCAGAGUGGGGGAAAUAUCUUGGUCUGAUUAAAAAGUUUGUCACAGAGUCAAAUGCGGUUGCUCAGCUUAAAGGCCUUGAGGCAGCCUUGGCUUAUGUAGAGAAUGCCCACGUCGCUGUGAAGACAACAGGUGAUGUGGUGUCAGGAGUGGUGACCAAAGUUUUUAACCAGCCAAAAGCUCGAGCUAAGGAGCUCGGCACAGACAUUUGUAUGAUGUACAUCGAAAUAGAAAAAGCUGAAGUGGUACAGGAUGAGCUUCUGAAAGGACUGGACAACAAGAAUCCCAAAAUUGUUGUGGCCUGUAUUGAGACGCUUAGGAAGGCUCUCAGUGAGUUUGGACCCAAAAUAGUGACUUUGAAGCCUAUAGUGAAGGUAUUACCCAAACAAUUUGAGUCCAGAGACAAGGCAGUGAGAGACGAAGCCAAGAUGUUUGCAAUAGAAAUCUACAAAUGGAUACGAGAUGCCUUGAGACCUUCCCUGCAGAAUGUCAACUCUGUACUGCUGAAGGAGCUUGAAGAGGAGUGGGUGAAGCUACCGUCUAACCCGCCCAAGCAAAGCAGAUUCCUGCGUUCCCAGCAAGACCUGAAAGCAAAGUUUAUACAACAAGCACAAGGAGAAGAGUCUGGAGAAGAGGAGGAGGAAACGGUGGCAGCAGUGGAUCCUUAUGAGCUAUUGGCAGCUGUGGAUAUUCUUUCCAAGUUGCCCAAAGACUUUUAUGAAAAAAUUGAAGCUAAAAAGUGGCAGGAGAGGAAAGAAGCUCUGGAAGCUGUUGAAACUCUGACAAAGAAUCCCAAAUUGGAAAGUGGAGACUAUGGAGAUCUUGUCAGAGCACUCAAGAAGGUUGUGGGGAAAGACGCCAAUGUCAUGCUGGUUUCAAUGGCAGCUAAAUGUCUGGCUGGAUUGGCUUCCGGUCUCAGGAAGAAGUUUGGAACAUAUGCAGGACAUGUUGUUCCAACUAUUCUGGAAAAGUUCAAGGAGAAAAAGCUUCAGGUUGUCCAAGCCCUGCAAGAGGCCAUUGAUGCCAUCUUUCUUACUACUACUCUGCAAAACCUAUCUGAGGACAUUCUGGCUGUGAUGGAUAAUAAAAACCCAUCCAUAAAGCAGCAAGCCUCUUUGUUUUUGGCUCGCUCUUUCAGACACUGCACUCAGGCUACACUGCCCAAGAGUGUACUCAAACCCUUCUGCGCUGCCCUGGUCAAGCAAGUGAAUGACAGUGCUCCAGAGGUGCGAGAUGCUGCCUUUGAAGCAUUGGGGACAGCAAUGAGAGUGGUGGGCGAGAAAGCUGUGAAUCCUUACCUAGCUGAUUUGGAUAAACUAAAACUUGAUAAGAUUAAAGAGUGUGCCGAUAAAGUAGAACUCCCGGGAGGGAAGAAGAGUGCAGGAGAAAAGAAGCCAGCAGUCAAAGCACAUCCAGCUGGUGAAGACCAAUCUAAAUCCUCUGUUCCACCCAAAAAGAUAGCAAGUGCAGCCGCCAGCAAGCAGUCAGCUGGUCCACCAAAGAAAGCCAAAGUAACCUCUGCUGCCGGUGGGAAACCCAAAAAGAACAUUGAAAAUAAGGAAUUAGCUGAAAGUGAGCUGUCGGUUGAGGUGUGUGAAGAGCAGGCAUCCAACGUUCUGCCUGCACCCUGCCUUCAACAACUGGGCUCAGCUAAUUGGAAGGAGAGGCUCGCCAGUAUGGAGGAAUUUCAGAGGGCUGUUGAGACGAUGGAUAAAAUGACAAUGCCAUGUCAGGCUCUAGUAAAAAUGUUGGCCAAAAAACCUGGCUGGAAGGAGACAAACUUCCAGGUCAUGCAGAUGAAGCUACACAUUGUGACCAUUAUUGCCCAGAGGGGGCAGUUUUCUAAGACAUCAGCUUCUCUAGUUUUGGAUGGCUUGGUGGACAAGGUGGGGGAUAUCAAAUGUGGUGGGAAUGCCAAGGAGGGAAUGACUGCAAUUGGAGAGGCUUGCUCGCUACCAUGGACUGCUGAACAGGUUGUGUCUUUGGCAUUUGCCCAAAAGAACCCAAAGAACCAGGCAGAGGCUCUUAACUGGCUGGCCAAUGCCAUGAAGGAGUUUGGCUUUGCUGGUAUCAAUGUUAAAGCUUUCAUCAACAAUGUGAAGACGGCCCUGGGUGCUACUAACCCUGCAGUCAGGACCGCAGCAAUUACCUUGCUGGGUGUUAUGUAUCUCUACAUGGGCGCUCCACUUCGCAUGUUCUUUGAGGAUGAGAAACCAGCUCUCCUGUCACAAAUAGAUGCUGCAUUUGAAAAGAUGCAAGGUCAGUCCCCUCCAGCUCCAUCAAGAUUCACCAAGAAGGCUGGGAAUGAAGAUGAGUGUGACAACGCAGAGGAGCAAGAAGAUGAUGUAGUAGGACAGGACAUCAUGGACUUGCUGCCUAGAACAGACAUUAGCGAAAAGGUCACUUCUGAUUUGGUGUCUAAACUUGGAGAUAAAAACUGGAAGAUUAGAAAGGAGGGCCUUGAUGAGGUUGCAGCCAUCAUCUCUGAAGCAAAAUUCAUUACGGCCAACAUCGGGGAUCUACCUCUGGCUUUGAAAGGACGACUUGGUGAUUCCAAUAAAAUCCUGAUACAACAGAGCCUGACCAUUCUUCAGCAGCUGGCCAUAGCCAUGGGGCCUGGACUCAAACAACAUGUUAAAACCCUAGGAUUCCCCAUCAUCUCUGUACUUGGUGACAGCAAGCCCAAUGUCAGGGCAGCUGCAAUGGCCACUCUGCAGGCCUGGGUGGAGCAUACUGGAAUGAAGGAUUGGCUGGAAGGAGAGGAACUAUCAGAAGAGUUAAAGAAGGAGAAUCCCUUUUUACGUCAAGAGUUGUUAGGCUGGUUGGCCGAGAAGUUACCGACCCUAAGGACUGUGCCAGGGGAUCUGAUGGCUUGCGUCCCCCAUCUUUAUGCUUGCCUAGAAGACCGAAACGGUGAUGUAAGGAAGAAAGCUCAGGAUGCUCUUCCCACGUUCAUGAUGCACCUCGGCUAUGACAAGAUGAACAAGGCCACUGGCAAACUCAAGCAAUCAUCUAAAGACCAAGUUGUAGCCAUGUUGGAAAAGGCCAGAGCAGUGAUGCCAGCUAAACCUGCUGCUCCUGCCAAAACUGGAGGAGCAAAAAGCUCAUCGGAGACCAAUAGAGCUGCCUCCAGUUGUGAGGACUUUGUCGAUAAUAAAUCUGAAGCUAAAAAGGUCAGAGGUGGGGUAGCAGUAAAGAAGCAACCCUCUCCCCCCGAGGAACCUGACCCUUCCCCUCCCUCAAAGGACAAGGACACUAUUGCUAAUAAAAAGCCCCUCAACAAAGGAAAGACUGUUGCUGGCAGUCAACAGAGUGCACCUAGUAAGAAGCCUGUAACUAAAGGCAUGAAAGAUGAUGAAGAUAGGUCUGGGCCCCUUUUCAUCCUUGUUCCCAAUGCGAAGGAGCAGAGAAUCAAAGAGGAGAAACAGCUGAAGAUUUUGAAGUGGAAUUUCAUUACUCCUCGAGAUGAAUAUGUGGAGCAGCUUAAAAGUCAAAUGUCUACCUGCUUUGCCAAGUGGCUCCAGGAUGAACUUUUCCACCUAGACUUCCAGAGACACGUAAAGGCGAUUAGCAUCAUGACUGAGAGGUUGGAAAAUGAGACUGAUGCUACAAUAAGCUGUCUGGACUUAAUUCUUAAGUGGUUCACAUUACGGUUCUUUGACACUAACACUACAGUCCAAAUGAAGGUUCUGGAAUAUUUGAAGCUUCUUUUUGCCAUGCUAAAUAGGGAGAACUACCAUCUUACAGAGUAUGAGGCAAACUCCUUUGUCCCCUACCUUCUACUCAAGAUUGGAGAGUCUAAGGAUGUGGUUCGCAAAGAUGUUAGGGCAAUACUUAACAUGCUAUGUAAGGUAUACCCUGCAUCUAAAGUCUUUCCUUACCUCAUGGAUGGAACUAAAUCAAAAAAUUCCAAGCAAAGAGCUGAAUGUCUGGAGGAGUUGGGUUGUUUAAUAGAAGCCUAUGGAAUGAAUGUAUGUCAACCAACUCCCGCCAAGUCUUUGAAAGAAAUUGCAGUUCAUAUUGGUGAUAGAGACACUUCUGUCCGAAAUGCUGCCCUGAACACUGUAGUGGCUGUCUACAACGUCUGUGGAGACCAAGUCUAUAAACUAAUUGGAAAUUUGUCAGACAAAGAUAUGAGCAUGUUGGAAGAGAGGAUCAAACGCUCUGCAACGAAGAAAAUAGCUGCCCCUCCAGCCAAGCAGAGUGCAAAUGAGCGGUCUCAAAGAGAUCUCCCGGCUAAUCCCAAUGGCACUUUCCUUCGCAAGUCUUCACAGGAAGACCCCAACAAACUCAAAAUUAUGUAUCGCACUUAUAGGAUCCAAGCCCGUCAGAAUGCCCAGCACAGUGAGUCCUCUCACAUGCCCAUUCCCAAGGAGUUCCAGUUGGACCUGGAUAUGAUCGAGAUGGACCGAGGCCGGGUAAAUGAACUGCCAGACCUUGUCCAGCACAAGUUAGAUGAAUUGCUGGAGCCCAUUGUUAUCCCUGAACCCAAGAUGCGUGCCGUCUCCCCCCACUUUGAUGACCUCCACAAUAGCGCUGCUUCCACUAUAAACUUUGUCAUCUCUCAGGUGGCCAGUGGAGACAUUAACACCAGCAUACAGGCACUUGCACAGAUUGAUGAAGUAUUGUCUCAAGAAAACAAGGCAGAGGUCAUGUCAGGACACAUUGACCAGUUCCUCAUUGCCACUUUUAUGCAACUAAGGCUCAUCUAUAACACCCACAUGGCGGAUGAGCGGUUGGACAAGGAGGAUAUAUUUAAACUAUAUAGAUGCAUCCUAAGCAAUAUGUUGUCUUUAUUCUCUUUGGAGUCUUUGGCGAGAGAAGCAUCAAUGGGUGUGUUAAAGGAUCUGAUGCACGGCCUGAUAACAUUGAUACUAGACAGCAGAGUGGAGGACACUGAGGAAGGACAGCAAGUCAUCAGAUCUGUAAACCUGCUCGUAGUCAGAGUCCUGGAGAAGUCUGACCAGACCAACAUAAUUAGUGCCCUGUUGGUGAUGCUUCAAGACACUUUGGUUCCAACAACUGGAACGCCCAGGUUCUCUGAACUUGUGAUGAAGUGCCUGUGGAGGUUGAUCCGAAAUCUCCAUGAGACCAUCAACAGCGUCAACCUUGAUCGUGUUCUAUUUGAUGUCCACAACAUCAUGAAAGUUUUCCCCAAAGAGAAACUUAAGCAGCUCAAUAGCGACGUUCCACACAGGACCCUCAAAACUCUAUUACACACCCUUUGCAAGCUUACCGGAGCUAAGAUCCUGGACCACCUUUCGAUGAUCGAGAACCGAAAUGAGUCCGAAUUAGAGUGCUACUUGAGGCGGGUUGUCAAACAGCCGGUGGGUAACCAGUUUGGCAGCAAGAGUGACCGAGGUAACGAGAAGGGAAGUCUGCACAUGGAGGAUGGGAAGGCAAAGGACCGUGACAUUCUAUCUGAAAUCUUCAAAAAGAUCGGCUCUAAGGAAAACACCAAAGAGGGUUUAACAGAACUGUAUGAGUAUAAACAGAAGUGUACUGAUGUAGACCUCGAGCCCUUCCUCAAGAGCACAUCACCAUUCUUCCAAAGCUACGUAGAGCGAGGUCUUCGUGUGAUUGAGUCUGAACGAGAGGGCAAGCCUCGAAUCCAAAACCCAACAGUGAUUGCACAGCACGGUGUCGACAACAGUCUGAGCAGUAAUGAGGAGGAUUUGAAGCCGGCAGUUUACUAUGAGAGACUUAAGAUCCUGCGUCAGAGACAAGGCCUGGAAAACACUAGGAGUAUCAGUGGGGGUGACGGGGAACCCCAAGAAAGAGCUCCCAUCUCCUCAAUUCUGUCAUCCAAGCCGUCGGUGGCUUCAUCCACAGACAUGCUGCACAGCAAGCUGUCGCAGCUCAAAGAGUCCAGGGAGCUCUAUCAGCAGGAACACAAGGCUCAGUCCCGCUCGCCGUCCAACACGCACACCCGCUCGGCCUCGCCAGCAGCCAACCUGGGCGACCUAAAGAAACGUCUGGAGCGUAUAAAAAACAACCGGGAGUAGGAACACAGGAAUAGUAUCAUCUGUUGAUGGAAACUAGCCUUGUUUUAGGGCAGAUUUUGUGUUUCUCCUCCAGUUCUGUUAGAUGGACCUAAAAAGCAUUUGGAACUUGAACUCAAACGUUUUUCCUGUGUAUAAUGUUCAUUUUCAUUCAUUUUUUUAAAUGUGGUGUUCAUCUGUUUACUAGAGCUGCAUUUAGUUACAUUGUAUGCAAACUAAUGCAUCCCAGAAUUUACAGCUGUCUCAAUUGAGACAACCGGAUGUUUUUAUUCUUUGAUUAAAAAGUUACAAGACUUUCUCUUACCACAGAUCUUUGGUGUUUCUAGGCUGUUUAACCACUGCUUUUAUUGUGGAGGACAAGUUGCACUGUUAACCCUAGUCAUGUUUUGUCGCCAUACAUAAUGUGCAGAGCCAUACUGCUGUGUUGAAGUGGACUAGAAAGUAAACCCUAAAAUAUCCAUCAAUUUUCUACGUCGCUUAUCCUCACAAGGGUUGUGGUUCAGCUGUGGUCUAUCCCAGCUGACUGAUUGGCAGGGUAGACCCUGAACUGGUCGCCAACAAAUCGCAGGUUCUAGGUUUUACUAAAAGAUGUAAAGCAAAAUUGUAGAUGUGUGAUCCGGGAACGUUGCAAAACUUUUAAAAACAAAAGUUAUUUAAAUGUUUUAUUAUUCAUUUUAGUCUGUGAAUAGAACAUUUUCCAUCAGGCUUCUGUGAAUAGAACAUUUUCCAUCAGGCUUCUACGUACUGAUUAACGUAUAGCUGAUUUUGACAGUGCGAUUUUAAAAAAUAAGACUGAAGGCUAAAGUCAGUGAUUACGGCACUUCAGGGAUAAUUUCCCAUUCUCACUACACUACAGAAAUGAAUGACCACAAACUACGAUUGUGGUUUUCUCCAUAGACCUGCCUUUGCUCUGUUGAAACUUAAUGCCACGACCCCCUUCCACUCACUCCCUCAGCGACCUACCGUAAACGGUUUCACCCCAAACGUGGGCACUGUGAGUACCUGUAAAUACUGUUUGUAUGUACUAAUGUAAUGUCCUUGUUUAACGCCAAGACUUCUUUGGAACAUGAGUCCAGAGCCAAUAUUAAUGUUAAGAAAUGCGCUUCAAACCAACUCUUUUAUGUUGAGCUAUUCAUCGCAACGAAGGAAUUUCUCGCAGCCUGGACUGAAAAGAGCAUGGCAUUACAUCCGUGGUUCUUUUUAUUUUUGUCGUGUAAAUAAAGUUUGCAUUGCAUAAA